AUGCUCGGCUUCCCGGCCUUCUAUUACCCCAGCCAGAGAAUGCCAGCUCUGGAGGCAAGCGAUCCAGUCGCCAUGGACACUCAGCCUCCAAGCGUCGGCGGUAGCAGUGCGCUGGGUAGCUUGGAGGGGAGAGGCAAGUUGCAGCUGGUGCAGCCGUCGUCGGCAGAUGAAGAGGCGAAGGUGGUGAGGGAGCUGAUGAACACUGCGGAUGCUGGCAUGAAGGAAGGAGACACGUACAACCUUGUAGACGCUAGAUGGUGGCGUGCGUGGUCCAGAUACUCGGGCUAUUCGGAAUCAGAGAGCGAGUCGCAGAAGCUCACUGUGAAGCCGCUACCCAUAGACAACUCGAGCCUGGUGGAUCGGGAGGCGCAGGACAGGUUCGGCAGUGCCGAGCCUCACCUGCGGCUGGAGCUGCAGGAGGAUGGGGACUACGUGCUGGUGCCGCAGUCAGUGUGGCGCGUGCUGCACUCGUGGGGGCCCAGUGGUAUCCCGCCACGUGGCGCGCAUGGGAGGCCGGGAAGAGCUAUCAGUGGAGGUGUACCCGCUCUGCCUCGAGCUCUCCUGCAUUUCCGUCGCCACCUCAUUGCCCCUCACUUCCUUCCCUUUCUCAAACACUCUAGGUACGGGGGCGGUCCAGUGGUAUCUCGCCACGUGGUGCGCAUGGGGGGGAGGGAGGAGCUAUCCGUGGAAGUCUACCCGCUCUCCCUCGAGCUCUCCUGCGUCUCUGCCGCCACCUCGCUGCCCCCUCGCGUGGAGUCAGUGGUCAUCAGCAAGCGGGCGACUGUGGGGCAGCUUAGGUACCGCGCCUGCGAGCUGUUCGGGCUGCAGCCAGAGAAUGUGCGGGUGUGGGACAACUACGGCGGCAAGCGUCACAAGGUGUUGAGCGAUGAGGGCCAGGCUCUGGAAGACGCAGAGCUGCAGAUGGGCAACCAGAUACUGGUAGAGGUGGGGGAUAACGGCCAAUGGCCCGCCCAGGCCGUGCAUCUAGAGUCCUCCUCCUCGCCCUCCUCUCCCUCCACUCCCUCCCGCACGUCCAAACCUGCCGCCACCUCCCCCUUCCACACUGUCACCUCCCCCCGUACCUCCCUCGCUUCGGCUGCCGAACCUACCGCCGCCGAGCCUAACAUCUCCAUAGCAGGGGGUCCUCUGUCGCACUAUAGCAGCGUGGGAGCUGCUCCCCCCCCUGGCGCGCUCUUCAUCACCUCAUGGCCUCCCAACCCUGCUGGGGAAGGAAUGGAGGGAGCAGGAGCAGAAGCAGAGGCAGGGGUUGAAGGAUCAACCUGGUCUCCUGUGAGGGAGAUGACUGAUGCAGAGGGGGCAAGGGGAGAAGAAGAGGGCGAGGGGAGCGGGACUGCUGCUAGUGGAGUUGAUACCAGCGCUGCUGCUGCGAGGGGUACUGCUGGUGACAUGAGAGGGAAGCUGAAAGCGGCUUUCCCAGCAGAUGUGGGACCGGCUAAGAAGCCCACAUCUGGGCUUACACUAUCCAUUGCGCCCCCUCCUGCCUCCUCCUCCUCCAUGGCUAUUGUCCCCGUGCCUAGCGCCGAGGAGAAGAAAGGCUCAGGAUCAGUGGAGUAUUUUAUGGCGGAUUACAUGAGGGAGAUCAACAGAAGCAACCCGUUGGGAAUGGAGGGUGAGAUGGCAACAGCAUUUGGCGAGCUGCUGCGCAAGCUGUGGGCGCCGGGAAGGGACCCCGUGGCUCCCAGGGCGUUCAAGGCGCGCCUCUCGCGCUUUGCCCCUCAGUUCAGCGGCUACAAUCAGCAUGACUCUCAGGAGCUCCUGGCAUUCCUAUUGGACGGGCUACACGAGGACCUGAACAGGGUGAUGCGCAAGCCGUACAUUGAAGCCAAGGACGCCGAUGGGCGGCCGGACGAGGAGGUGGCGCGGGAGAACUGGGAGAACCACAAAGCGAGAAACGACUCCAUCAUCGUUGACAAGUUCCAGGGUCAAUACAAGUCAACGCUAGUGUGUCCACACUGCAAGAAGGUCUCGGUCACAUUCGAUCCCUUCAUGUACCUCUCGCUGCCGCUGCCCUCCAAGGCCACGCGCUCGCUGCACCUCUCGCUGCUCUCGUCCUUUGGCGACCAGCCCCCCCGGGCGCUCACUGUCACGGUGCCGCGCACAGGGAGGAUUUUGGACCUGCAGAGAGCACUGGCUGAGGCGUGCCAACUGCCUCCAGGGGAGAGACUCCACGUUGCUGAGAUCUACAAUAAUCGCAUCUUCCGCGCGUUCCCACCGCUGGAGCAGAUCUCGUCCAUUGAGGACCGAGACAGGCUCGUGGCUUACCGCGUGCCGCGGGGGUUUCCACAGUUACAAAACCAUUUCCUUCGGCCGCUUCUUGGCGCCCCUGUCCUCCUCCCCUCUGCUCAUCCCGUCCCCUCCUCUCCUCUCCUCCUCCUCUCUCCUCCUCCCCUCUCUCCUCCUCCCCUCUCCACUUCCCCUCUCGUCCUCCCCUCUCCCCACCUGUCAACUACCCCCAUUCCCCCUUGCAGCUCCACACUCACAAACAUUAUCUUCUGGCGGCUUGCCGCCCUGCUACUCCUCCCCAUCAUCCUCCCCACUCUCCUCCCUUCUCUCCUCCCCAUUAUCCUCCCCACUCCUCCUUUCCCACAUCCCCUCUUUUCUCUCCUCUCUUCCCUGCCCUCUUUUCUCCUUUCUCUUUCCUGUGGCUCUCUUCUCUUUUCCUUUUUCCAACGGAUCCCCUCUCCUAUCCGCAGCUCCACAGUAACCAACGAUUUCUUCUGGCGCCUGCACGGCACGCCUCUCCUCCUCCCGGUCUCCCGCUUUGACAUUCGUUCCGGCGCCGACCUUUACCGCCAUGUGCGCACUGCCCUGAAGCCCUUCCUGCGACCAGGGGUAUCCGAGACCAAGACCUCCCUCUCUCUCUCCCCUGCUGGGGACAGUGCUGCAUCUCCAGCCGAUGCCGCUUCUCCUGCUGCUGCAGCUGCUGCUGAUGGUUGUGUUGUUGCUGGUGGCACAGCUGAAAGCGAUGGUGCUGGUGCCAGUGGUGCUGGUGCGAGCGUUUGUGGUGCAGCUGGUGAUGGUGGUGCUGGUAGUGUUGGUGCAGACGGCACAGGGGACAGGGGUGUGCAGGGGAAGAAUGAUCCUAUGGACGAAUCAUUAGGGAGGGAUGCCAAUACUGGUGAUGCAUCAGCUGGCGGUGAGGAGGGUGAGGGGGAGAAUGGGGCGAAUGCGAAGGGAUCUGCAGGGGCUGAGGAUGCUGCGGGGCAGGGGAGAAGAGAGGGACAGGCGGCAGCAGCAGACGAGCCACCGUUUUUGCUGUCUGUCACGCGAGCGCAUGUUGAGACUGCUGCUGAUGCUAUUCGGAUUCCUGAUGGUACUGAUUUGCCCAAGGGAUUCACUCCAGAUAUGCUUUCCAAGGAUGGACUCGCGCUGCUUCUGGAUUGGUCGGUCGAUGGGCUCAUGGAGUUUUACGAUGUCGGGCAGCUUGAGGAGCUGCCCGAAGUGAGCUCGGGCAGUGUGGGGCUGCCCAUGAAGAACAAGCGGCAGGAGGGAGUGACGCUUUUCUCGUGCCUGGAUGCGUUCAUCAAAGAGGAACCAUUGGGCCCUGAUGAUAUGUGGUACUGCCCGCAGUGCAAGGAGCACAGGCAGGCAACCAAGAAGCUUGACCUGUGGCGACUGCCGGAGAUCCUCGUGGUGCAUCUGAAGCGCUUCUCCUACAGCCGCUACUUCAAGAACAAGCUCGACACGCUCGUCACCUUCCCCAUCCAUGACUUCGACCUCUCGCCGUACCUGCCGCCCUGCAAUGCUGAAGGAGGUGGCAAUGUGUAUGAGCUGUAUGCGAUCAGCAACCAUUACGGUGGCAUGGGUGGAGGGCAUUAUACUGCAUAUGUGCAGUUGGGCAACGAGCGCCAAUGGCACACCUUCGAUGACAGCUUUGUUUCUCCCGCAAGCGAGUCACAAAUUGAGACACCUGCGGCUUACGUGCUCUUCUACCGAAGAGUUGGGAGCUCACACCAUUAUGCAACUUCCCAGAACGAAGCAACAGGCGAUGAGCAAAAGAACUCCACAGCUGAGGUUACUGACAUGGACCGUGACUAG